AUGAUGGCUUUCUACCUGCACAGAUUCAUUAACACCUGUCUUGUAUUCUCUCUUCUCAAUGCAAUACCCGUUGCAUCUAUCCUGUUGACAAUGCCGCUUCGGGUGGUAACAACAGUGUAUGACUAUGUAAUUGUUGGAGGCGGAACUGCAGGGCUCGUUCUCGCGAGCCGUUUGACCGAAAAUUCCUCAGUUACGGUGCUUGUACUUGAAGCUGGACUCAAUAACCAAGGAAUAACUUCGCUUCAAGUGCCCUUCCUUGCCCCAACUUUAGCUCCUCAGACCGCUUUUGACUGGAAUACUUCCACCUCGAUUCAACCAGGGCUGCUUGACAGAACUGUGCCGUAUAUUAGAGGCCGGGUUCUAGGAGGAUCCAGCAGCAUCAAUUUUUUGUUUCAUCAGUAUUGUACAAGCGACGAUUGGAACAGAUUUGGUAAUGUCGGGGGUGAUAAGGGAUGGAGAUGGGCUAACAUGGCGCAGUAUGUAACGAAGCACGAAAAAAUGGUUCCACCGGCUGAUAAUCACAAUACUACUGGACAGUUUGAUCCCACUGACCAUGGGACAACUGGGGUGCUCCCUGUCAGCCUUCCCGGAAAUAACCAAUCAAUUGACGCCCGGGUUUGGGCUACCACCCAACAACUACCCGAAUUCUUUUUUAACGAAGAUACCGCUGGUGGGAAUCAUGGACUUUUGGGUGUCGGAUUUAUCCAGUCAAGCGCGGGUGGUGGAAUACGCAGCAGCUCCUCAAAUACGUACCUGGCGAAUGCAAUCAAUCGACCGAACUUAUUCGUCCUUGUCAAUGCGACGGUUCUAUCACUUGUUCAAACUGGAAAUUCGUCAACAGGGGCUCCCUCCUUUCGUGGUGUUCAAUUCAUGGCCUCUCCCAUACCUCCAAAUACUACAAUAGGGCCAACUCAGAUGGUCACGGCGAGAAAAGACGUCAUUCUUUCUGCUGGAACAGUCGGCACAACCCAACUUCUUCAACUCUCUGGGAUUGGAAACAGUUCUGACUUGGGACGUAUACGAAUUAAUACCAUAAUCGACAACCCUUCGGUUGGAGCUAACUUAAGUGAUCACAUACUCAUCCCCAACGUUUUUGAAGUUAACGGGAACGGAACGGCCAAUGCCCUUCUCAGAGAUGCGAAUGCCUCAUCUGCUGCGCUGUCUCAAUGGCUUAGCAAAAAGACGGGACCAUUCGCGAACAGCGUUGCUAACAACUACGGUUUUCUGAGAUUUCCUGCCAAUUCGACUAUAUUCCAGACUACUCCUGACCCAACGCCUGGGCACAGUUCUCCGCAUUGGGAAAUCAUUUUCAGCAACCUGUUCUUUGAACCGGGCGUUUCUAUCCCAGCGACACGAGAUUUUCUUACUGUGGUCACUGCCCUCCUAAGUCCAACAUCACGAGGGACAAUCAGUCUUCGCAACAACGAUCCAUUCACACCACCGAUAGUUGACCCACAGUACAUGACUACGGAUUUUGACGUUUUUGCCGUUCGCGAGUCUAUCAAGGGUGCGCUACGGUUUGUGUCUGCACCUGCAUGGUCAGACUAUGUCGUCGGUCCUUUUGGAAGCGCAUUUGCUGGGGCAACUACGGAUCCACUUAUUGAAUCGUAUGCGCGCGGCGUCGCUGGUAGUGCAUUCCAUGCAGUGGGCACGGCUUCCAUGUCGCCGUUCAACGCAAAUUGGGGUGUAGUUAAUCCUGAUCUAACCGUCAAAGGGGCGGACGGCCUGCGUAUCGUUGAUGCCUCUGUAUUUCCUUUCGUCCCAAGCUGCCACACUCAAGGGCCAGUAUACCUUUUGGCAGAAAGAGCAGCUGACAUCAUCAAAGCUGCUGGAUAG